AUGAGCAUGAGCUCGAAAUCGAAUCGGUCGUUUAGGAACGACUAUGGUUCACCGGAAAUAGAAGAAUCGACUGGGUCAGCUGAGCAGGAGGAAUCCUCAAAUAUAGACAUCCGAGAGGAAGCACCAACAGAUUGGCUACGUUUACUGAAAUAUGAUGAGCUCGAAGAGUGGCAAAAAGACAACGAAUUCAUUCAAAAAUGGUACCGAGCGCCGAUGCAUUCUUUCAAAUAUUCCUUGCUUUCGUGUUUCCGAUGGCAUAACGAAACGAUCAACAUUUGGACGCACUUCUUGCCCUCGGUCUUCUUCGCUGUUUUCAUCGUGACGCACUCUUCCUUGUCUUCAGAAAACUUCGUGAAUCAAAUCGAAGAAAAACAGAUUAUCGGACUUUUUGUUUUCUUCGCCUGGUUAUGUUUAUUUCUUUCGGCAUUGUUUCAUACUUUUCUUGCUCAUUCAAGGAAGAUUUCGUCGAUUUUUGGAAGGCUCGAUUUUUGUGGAAUCACUCUUCUCAUUAUGGGUAGCUUCAUUCCCUGGAUCUACUACAACUUCUACUGCAUGCCUCAGUCCCAGCUCAGCUACAUUUCGUGCCUCUCCGUCCUUGGACUAUUCACGAUGGUCUUUACCCAGUGGCAACGAUUCAGUACACCAGAAUACCGCGUUGUGCGCGCAUGUCUUUUUAUUGCUCUGGCCAUGUCUAGCAUGAUUCCGAUCUUCCACGCUUGUGCCAGAGUUGGUGUAGUAAACGCCUGGGAGGAAUGUCAGCUGAAAUGGAUCGUGAUCAUGGCGGCCUCAUACUUGUUCGGAACAUAUCUGUACGCAACUCAAAAGCCGGAAGCGGAUUUCCCCGGAAAAUUCGAUCUUUUUGGAUGCUCUCACAACAUUUUCCACAUUUUCGUCGUCGGCGGGGUCGUUUCUCAUUUGAUCGGAGUUACCAACUUGCGAGAUUUAAGACAAGCACUUGGUUCUAACUGUACAGAUCUUCCUGAUCAAUAA